AUGAAGAGCAGCAACCUCACUUCAGUGACUGAGUUCAUCCUCCUUGGCCUCUCCAGCUGGCCUGAGCUCCAGGUUCUCCUCUUCCUGCUCUUCCUCAUGGUCUACCUGAUGAUCUUGCUGGGGAACCUGCUCAUUAUGUUGUUGAUAUUGAGGGAUUCACGCCUCCAUACUCCUAUGUACUUCUUCCUCACUAAUUUAUCCAGUAUAGAAGUAUGUUUCACAUCCUGUGUGUUUCCACAGAUGCUGGUACACUUCUUGGCAGAGAGAAAGUCCAUCUCCUUCUCCCUCUGUGUCAUUCAGUUCUACAUAUUCCUGUCCUUUGGCAUUGCAGAGUGCUAUAUCCUCUCAGUGAUGGCCUAUGACCGCUACGUUGCCAUUCGAGACCCCUUAAGGUACUCAGUCACAAUGAACUGGGGGAUUUGUGGGAUGCUGGCUGCUGCCUCAUGGUUCGGUGGCUUUAUCUUUUCUGCAAUAGAUACAGUUACGACAUUCCAGCUCUCAUUCUGCCACAAUAAUGUUAUCAAUCAUUUUGUGUGUGAAAUGCCUGCCCUACUGCACCUCUCUUGUACUGAUACAACCCAUGCAGAAUUGGUCAUGCAUGUUCUCUGCAUCUUUACCCUUCUGUCCCCUAUCACAUUCAUCAUCCUUUCCUAUGUACACAUCAUCAUUGUUGUUCUGAGAAUUCGCUCUCCUCAGGUUCGAAGAAAAGCCUUCUCUACUUGCUCUUCCCACCUUCUGAUUGUCACCCUAUUUUUUGGGACUAUAAUGUCUCUUUACUUAAAGCCUAAGUCUCUAUCCUCUCCAGAAUACAAUAAGAUUGUUUCUGUGUUUUAUGUGGCUUUCACACCUGCCCUUAACCCUCUCAUCUAUAGCCUGAGGAAUAAGGAGGUGAAAAUGGCCCUGAGAAAAUUUUGGGGGAAACCUGAAAGUGCUUGA